AUGAUGGCAUUUGCACCUCCAAAAAACAUAGGUGGUCCCAAAAUGCAGGCAAAGAUGAGUACCUGGACACCCCUAAACCAUCAGCUUUUGAAUAACCGGGUAUUUGAAGAAAGAAGAGCUCUGCUUGGAAAAUGGUUUGACAAAUGGACAGACUCUCAAAGGAGAAGAAUCCUGACAGGGCUGUUAGAACGCUGCUCCCUGUCACAGCAAAAGUUCUGCUGUCGAAAGCUUCAGGAGAAAAUUCCAGCAGAAGCUCUGGAUUUUACUACCAAGCUUCCAAGGGUGUUAUCUUUGUAUAUCUUUUCUUUCCUGGAUCCCCGAAGCCUUUGUCGUUGUGCACAGGUGAGCUGGCAUUGGAAGAACUUAACGGAACUGGAUCAGCUCUGGAUGCUCAAAUGUUUACGGUUUAACUGGUACAUCAAUUUCUCUCCAACUCCCUUUGAGCAGGGUAUAUGGAAGAAACACUAUAUUCAAAUGGUGAAAGAACUCCAUGUUACCAAGCCCAAGACACCUCCAAAAGAUGGGUUUGUGAUCGCUGAUGUUCAACCAGUUACAAGCAGUUCUCCAGAGGAAAAGCCAUCCCCUUCAUCAGCUUUCCGGUCCUCUUCCUCUUUGAGAAAGAAGAACCACCCAGGGGGGAAAGAACUCCCACCCUGGCGAUCCUCUGACAAACAUCCAACUGAUAUCAUUCGCUUCAAUUACCUGGACAACUGUGACCCCAUUGAGCAAAGUUGGCAAGGAAGAAGGAAAAGACACGAAAUGACCCCAGAUUUCAACCGACAGUCACGUGAUAAGAAAAAUAAAUCACAGGACAGAUCUAAACUAGGAAAAGCACAGUCACUGAUAUCCCUAAGUGCAGAACCCAGCAACCCCCUACAUGUUCCAGCUCAUCUCACUUGGCUUCCACAUCGACCAGUGGGGCUCCCAGCCACUGAAGCAGCAACGAAAACUCUCGUGCAGCAUCUCCAGAGACACUCUGGGCUCCAAUCAUUACCCCAGGCCUUCCAGCCAAAGUUGAUUUAAAAAUGUGAAAGGAUUUUUCUAGAAAUGACAGGCUGCUCUACAUGGAGAGUUGGAUGUUACUUGGCUCCUUUAUUAGAAACAGUUUAGGUACCUUAUUGUGAAAGUGAGUCCUACAGUAUUUCGGGAAAAGGUAUUCAUGGCACAGAUGUUGACGUAUUUACAAACUGAGAUAGAAGUGUGAUGAUAGAUACCAUGGGGUUGAUAAAGGGACAUACGAUAGCACCAUUGGUGAGACUGGGUGUGUGAGGCAGGGUCCCAGAAGGAUACGGCCAGCACACUCCCAAGGCUACUUGAGCAGUUUAAUGAUGGGAGUGUUUUUUCUAGAGCUGCCGUGACAAACUACGGCUAUCUGAGUCCACUCAGGCUGCUGUAACAAAAAUACCAUUGACGAGUGGCUUAUAAACAGCAGACGUUUAUUUUCUCACAGUUCUGGAGCCUGGGAAGUCCAAGAUCAAGGUGUGGUCAGGGUUGGUUUCUUCUGAAGCCUCUCUCCUUGGCUUGCAGAUGGCCAUCUUCUCCCUGUGUCCUCACACGGUCGUCCCUCUGUGUGUGUCUGUGUCCUAAUCUCCUCUCCUUAUAAGGACACAAGUCCGAUUGAAUUAGGGCCCACCCAUAUGACUUUGUUUUACCUUAAUUACCUCUUUGAAGAUAUAGUCACAUUCUGAGGUCUCGGGGGUUAGGACUUCAACAUAGGAAUUGGUGUGGGGAGGUUACAGUUCAGCCCUUAACCCACACUGUGGGCGGGGUUAAGAGAAUCAAGACGAGAUGGUGAAGCCCCUGGAAACUAGCAACAGCAGAAGCCUUUAUCAUCCUUUGGCCUGAAGAAGCAAAAGAGAAAGGGCAUGCUAUUCCUAGAACCCAGUGAGCACUGUAGCCACGGGAGAGGGACUGCCCAGCCUAUGGUAUAUGGUGGAGGAACGCAGCCAUGAUGGAGACCAGGGCCUAGCAGGGAGGGAGGGAGAAGACCCACCCCUCUCUCUCGCCACUCUUCACACUCCAACAGCACUUCCCUUUGGUCAAACCCACCUGGAAGUCAGAGAACAGAGAAGACUGGGGGAUGCAGCUCAUAGGUGUCAGCCUUUGAGCCAGGGAACAGGCUGACAGGUGUGGCCAGGAGUGGGCGGGGAGGGGUAGGAUUUGAGUGGGACGAUGAAGAAUCACCAGCACGAUGGUGGAAACAAUUCCAAAGGAGGAAUUAUGAUGCAUAUUCAGGCAACGUAAAUGGGCUUUAAAGAGUUACUGGAAAACAGAAAAUGCUACUUAACUGCAAA